AUGGUCGGGUCAGAUCCCGUGGUGAUCGAUGGCGACAGCCUCGGUUCCCUUCCAGAAAUGAGAGGGAUGGAUGACGAGAACGGCGGUGGCCAGGAAAGAGACAAAGUGCGACGCGACCUGGAAGAUGGUCAACACGAGUCUUGCAUUGCGGUAGCAUGUCGGACGCUCUCCUCACUGUACCGAUUCGUUCAAUUAGAUUGUGCGAACGGAUAUUCAAUUUACUAUAAUCAAUCUCGCAAUAUACUGAAACCACGAACCCCGGAGGAAUCCCCGGCAAACGAUAUUGUAUUUUGCAUGACUCGAUCCGCCACGGAGACGGUUUCUCGAUUAUUAAAUUGCACCGCAAGAUCCUGCGCAGGGGAUCCUUCUAUCAUCCUGGUUAUCGGGUCGAUUCUUUUGCGAAUCCUGAUCUGGUAUGAAGCACUUUACCAAUCUGAAAUUGGUGGGCUGGGCCUGUCAGCCACUCCGUCGCCGAGUGGUCGCGAUUAUAUGGGUUCGGAUGGCAGCUAUUCCAGCGUUACACACUCUACGGGUCUUUCGCAGCCGUCUGAAAGUAUGGAAGAAUCGAUAUAUACUGUUCCAUUGACCAUUCCCUUGACUGUCGGUACUUUCAAUCUCUCUCGCGCUACGGGAACAAAGAUGAAAGCCCAACUACUGCUUUGCGAGAUGCAGACUUUAUCUCAGGUGUGCCAGGUACUCGACUGUCGAGUUCAGGCCGCUGAGAGUAUACGUGGUGAGAAGGAUCUAUGUGGACAGUCGAAUACCCAUCUACUACGGAAGCUGGGCGAGCUGCAGCAUGCAUUGACUGCUGUGUGUACGCAUGUGCCAUCACUCGGAUAG